AUGGCUCGUAGGUCUCGCUUCCCUUUCUACCUCCCAUCCUUCCAAAACAUAGUUGUCUUCUCAACGUCCCAUGCUUCUGGCCACUUCAAGACUCGCCCAGUCUCCUUCACCUUUUAUUUCCCGUCUUUCUGUCUCGUCCUCAAUGGUGUCUACCAAAGAUUGGAAGAUGAACCGUGUCGCGAGGUGGUUUGGGGUUUUGUAGCGAAUGUCCUACUGGUUAGCACAAUUUUUUUGGCUCAUAAAAGUUUCCCGCCUGUGCUCCCUCAGCACAGGGAAUCCCAUGCCAUGUCACCUAAUAGCCUUCUUUCCAAUAAUGCGACCAAGUACGCAUUGCUCAUUACUCAGUCUUACCCUGGUGACGCGGAUGCCGAUACUGUUGCGUCCUCCCAUUGCCCAUGUCACAUCAAUCUCUCACAGUUGCCAGCUUGUGCUACACCGACUCCUCGGUCCAUCAAUACCAAGGAUAGCAGCUGUAUGCUAAAAGUUCACCAAACCGAAAUAGUAUACAGAAGAUCCCAAGCCCCUACAGCAUGUGAUACAAGUCGCUGA